AUUGUUUCUGAGAGAAACCCUGUGUUCACGAGUCCUUGACACACCACAUAUAAAAGAGCAUCGUGUCAACAGGCUUUGAUACAAUAGCGAUAUUAUUUUGUUUAUUAUAUAUCAUUUUCUAAACUUUUUCAGCUGCUGCCUGCGUGAAAACAGGAGGUGUGUUAUUUGUUCUAUGACAUCAUCAAAGCACCACAUAAACGUGCCUCUCUCUCGAGGAACCUCCGGUGUUUUUGUCCGAGCUCGCACUCCGUCGGUAAACUGCAGAGCGCGCGACGCCGUGUUCACUCUCACACACACGCAGGUAAACACACACACUCGCGCAGCUUUAUUGUGAAGUGAUUUAUUCUUAUUGACAUACAAUCUUUACAAGCGUUGCUUGGUAAUUAAACAUACCGUGAUUGACUGAUCUGUUUCUUGGUAUAGUUUGUAUUCUUAUGGAUGGCAGUGAGCAACAUUAUUUCAUCAUGUUUUAAAUGACUAAUGGUUGUGUUUGCAUUCGAGUGCAGAAAACGUGGCUUUGUGUUCUUGAUGUAAAAUAACUCACAUCGUGAAGUAACGUGUGUGCAAGAGAAAUGAGCGCUUCUGCUUAUAUCGGAGUGGACGUGGGCACGGGCAGUGUACGGGCGGCUCUGGUCACACGUGACGGUCACGUCACACACACGUCAGAGGAAAGCCUUCACGUGUGGGAACCGUGUGUGGAUCAUUACGAGCAAUCAUCCGCAGACAUCUGGAGCAAAUGCUGCACUGCUGUGAAGAAAGUAACUCGGGGCAUUGAUGUGGACUCUGUACGAGGAAUUGGAUUUGACGGCACGUGCUCUUUAGUGGCUCUCGACCGAAAUUUUCAGCCUGUGGCUGUCAAUCAAACUGGAAUCAGAGAGAGGAAUGUGGUGAUGUGGAUGGAUCAUCGGGCUGCCGAACAAGCCCUUAGAAUCACAGCCACGAAACAUGAAGUCCUUCAGAGAGUUGGAGGGGUGAUGUCACCGGAAAUGCAGCCACCCAAACUACUGUGGCUCAAAGAGAAUUUGAGGGAGACGUGCUGGAAGGAAACGGCACAUUUCUUUGAUCUUCCAGACUUUCUGUCAUGGAAAGCUACGGGCUCCUUAGCAAGGUCUCUGUGCACUGUAGUGUGUAAGUGGACCUAUUCCCCGUCGGACGGCUGGAACGACAGCUUCUGGACUGCCGCUGGACUGGAGGACCUGGUGGAGAACAAUUAUUCCAGAAUAGGGGCGGAGACGUGUCGUCCAGGCAGUCUGAUAGGUUCUCUCACCGCAGAGUCUGCCGCAGAUUUAGGUCUGAAACCGGGCACGGCUGUCGGGGCUUCGCUCAUAGACGCUCACGCUGGAGGUUUAGGGGUGCUGGGAUCCGAUGUGAGCGGUCACCACCUGCCAUGUGAAAACCAGCCGAUCACGUCCCGUAUGGCUGUUAUAUGCGGCACGUCCUCAUGUCACAUGGCUGUUAGCGAGCGGGCGCUGUUUGUUCCAGGGGUCUGGGGUCCGUAUCUGUCUGCCAUGGUGCCGGAUCUGUGGCUGAAUGAGGGAGGUCAGAGCGCCACUGGGAGACUGGUGGAGCAUGUGGUGAAGGGACACGUGGCGUACACACAGUUAAAAGCGCUGGCUGACAAGAGCGGGAACAACGUUUACUCCUGUCUGAAUGUCCAUCUGGAGAACAUGACCAGAGGUCCAACACACCUGGAGCAGCUGACCGCCAGCCUGCAUGUCUUGCCUGAUUUCCAUGGCAACCGCUCACCACUGGCCGACCAGACGUCCAGGGGCACGGUUGUUGGACUCACUCUGUCACAGACUUUGGAUGACUUGGCCCUGCUGUACCUAGCCACACUGCAGGCUAUUGCUCUUGGCACAAGACACAUUAUAGAUGCCAUGAGAGAGGCAGGACAUGACAUGACAACCCUGUUCCUCUGCGGAGGGCUGAGCAAGAACACGCUGCUUCUGCAGUUACACGCCAACAUCACAGGUUUGCCUGUUGUCCUGUCAGAAGAAAGGGAGGCUGUGCUGGUCGGAGCUGCAGUUUUAGGAGCCUGUGCAUCAUCUGAAUACAGCUCCAUUCAGGAAAUACUAUCUGCUGCUUUUCUAGGAAGCAAUGAGGAACAUGAGCAGAAUAGGGCAUGUGGUCAGACCUAAUCCUGAGCUAGAAAGAUUUUACAGAAAGAAGUAUGAAGUGUUUCUGAUGCUUUACCGUCACCAGAAGGAAUACAUCAAACUGAUGAAUGAUGGAGACCUCAGCAACUGAUGCUGCCCUGGAGUCAUGUGUAUCAUUCAUCUCCUCACAUCAUUCUAUCUCUUCAUAUGAAUCAAAUGUUUGAUUGAUUAACAUUACUCCAGUCAGUCAAAUCCUCACAUGUGUGUUAUGAAUAAACAGGCAAUGUGUUUUACAAAGGGAGCUCAUGAUAUCUGCUUAUGUCGAAAACAUGUGAAGCUGGUCCUGGAGAGUUUUGCUCCCGCCCUCAUCAAACACACCUGAACCAGCUUAACCCUAGAGUGAAAUGUUGUUUUCCACAGAUCAGGACAAUAUAAUUAUCUCUUUCACCCCCAUUGAGGAGUUAUCUCGUCAUUUAAAAAAAACGGUUCCCCUCCAAAGACGAGUAAUUACGGCAAUCAGUGUUUGUACCGUUGUACAGCAGGUGGCGCUAUUACACACCUUUGUGAAAAAGUACACAAUCCCAGAACCUAGAACAUAUAUGUUUUAGUGGUUUUUAAAGAUUGUUCUGAGUGUAAUCUGGGCGGAAUCUUUGACAAAAAACAUUAAUUAUCUCUUAAUCAAAGUGUUGCAUUUUUGAAGAAACCUACCCACAUCUACGGAGUGAUAAAAACGGACAAAUGAAGAUAGAAGAAUACGGUUUAUUUUGUUUAAAAGCUGAGACUCUGUUCUUUCAUUUGACAUAUUGUUUGUCCAUGUAUUCUUUACAGAAAAUUUACUGUGAGCCAUUAAAGUUGGGUGAAAAUGUAAAAAAAAAACGCUAGCGUAGGCUGGCAACUUUAAAAAAAAAAUGCUGGCAGGGAAUGAGUUAAAAGCGGCGAAGUAUAUUGCAACCUGCAUUAGAGUAAAGUAGACAGACAGACCAGCGUGUCUUUAAUAGUGAUUCUUUACAUGAGCUUACAGUUAUUAUUCAAAGUGAAGCACACGAUGAAGAGAACAAAUCUGUGAAAUAAAAGAGAGAAAUCAUUUUGA